GUCUACCGGAUAAACCCCAAACCCUCUAAAAAAACUGGAGCAGUCACUCCUCUGUUCAAGUUCUUUCUCUAUGCAAUCUCUGUAAUUCCCUGUUCUCCACCAAAAAAUGGACCUUCAAAUCACAUUCAAAUCGAACCCACUUCUCGUUUCUUCGACCCCAUUCAGUCACACAUCUCCAAGACCCCUUCUUUUCAACCUGCCCACAAAGCACAGACCCAAAAUUUCCCGGCAAAAGCCAACCUUUCGAGUUAUGGCGUCUGUAAAUUCAAAUGGGCCUGAUAGGUUUUCUUGGCAGAGUCUGACUCGGUCCAUACGCCGCGGUUCGGAGCGGUUUUGGUCAGAUUUUGGUGAGUCAGUGAAGAAGGAAACUGGGUUUGAUUUGAAGGAAGCUAAUGUGACGGUAGGUGACUUUGUUGGGCGAGUUGGGGACGGGUUAAAGAAGGGUGGGACUGAGUUGGAGCGGUUUAGGACUGAGUUGCUGCCGGAGUUCGUCAGCUGGAAUCGGUGGGAACGUUGGAAGGAUCUCAAGACAUGGGAAUCUAAAAGAGUUGCUGCUUUGAUUUUCUAUGUUUUUAUUACCUUAGUUUCUUGUCAAAGAAUAUAUAUAGCAAUUCGAGCUCCUCUACAAAAUCGUCAAAGAAAAGAGUUGACAGAGGCUUAUAUGGAGGCAGUGAUUCCUGAACCAUCUCCAAUCAAUGUUAGAAGGUUUAAGAAAGGCAUGUGGAGGAAGAUGACACCCAAAGGCUUGAAGAUGAAGAAGUUUGUUGAAGGACCUGAUGGAACACUUGUUCAUGAUAGUUCUUAUGUUGGAGAGGAUGCGUGGGAUGAUGAUCCACAGCCGCCUCAGGAGAAUGUGAAACAAAUUAUUGACAGUAAUGUGAAAUUAAAUCCAGAGGAGAAGAAGGAACUGGAGGAAGACUUGGGAAUUUCUGGUCAAGUUCAAGAAGAUAGUGGAACAUGGCGUGAAAGACUUCAAAAAUGGAACGUGAUCCUUCAGAAGGAAAAGUUAGCUGAGCAGUUGGACUCUGCAAAAUCCAAGUAUGUAGUUGAAUUUGACAUGAAAGAGGUUGAAAACAGUCUUCGCAAAGAUGUGGUGGAAAAGGUAACAGAGACACAGGGAACCAGGGCAUUAUGGAUAGCUAAAAGAUGGUGGCUAUAUCGUCCUAGACUUCCAUAUACGUACUUUCUUCAGAAGCUUGAUUGCUCUGAGGUAGCUGCUGUUGUAUUUACUGAGGACCUAAAAAGGAUAUAUGUUACCAUGAAAGAAGGUUUUCCAUUAGAAUAUGUUGUUGAUAUCCCCCUAGACCCUUACUUGUUUGAGAUUAUCUCAAGUUCUGGAGUUGAAGUUGAUCUUCUUCAAAAGCGCCAGAUCCACUACUUUAUGAAAGUUCUAGUUGCAUUGGUGCCUGGGAUACUUAUUCUCUGGCUUAUACGCGAGUCUGUGAUGCUUCUGCACAUCACUUCUAAGCGUUUCCUUUACAAAAAGUAUAAUCAACUUUUUGACAUGGCUUAUGCGGAAAAUUUUAUCUUGCCAGUUGGAGAUGUGGGGGAAACAAAAUCAAUGUCCAAGGAAGUUGUGUUAGGAGGUGAUGUUUGGGAUCUUCUUGACGAGCUGAUGGUUUAUAUGGGAAAUCCAAUGCAAUACUAUGAAAGAGAAGUCAAGUUUGUCCGGGGUGUUCUUCUCUCUGGACCUCCUGGAACUGGCAAAACACUUUUUGCGAGGACAUUAGCCAAGGAAAGUGGAAUGCCAUUUGUUUUUGCUUCGGGUGCUGAGUUCACAGAUAGUGAAAAAAGUGGUGCUGCAAGAAUUAAUGAGAUGUUUUCAAUUGCAAGGAGAAAUGCUCCUUCUUUUGUAUUUGUGGAUGAAAUAGAUGCAAUUGCUGGAAGGCAUGCAAGAUUGGAUCCUCGAAGGAGAGCAACAUUUGAGGCUUUGAUUGCACAGCUUGAUGGGGAGAAGGAAAAAACUGGUGUUGAUCGGUUCUCUCUUAGACAAGCUGUGAUAUUCAUCUGUGCUACGAAUAGGCCAGAUGAGUUAGACCUUGAAUUUGUUCGACCUGGGCGUAUUGACCGUCGACUGUAUAUUGGUUUGCCUGAUGCAAAGCAACGAGUGCAAAUUUUUGGUGUGCACAGUGCUGGAAAGCAACUUGCAGAAGAUGUAGACUUUGGUAAACUUGUCUUCCGCACUGUUGGUUUUUCUGGGGCAGAUAUUCGGAAUCUUGUCAAUGAAGCAGCAAUCAUGUCAGUGAGGAAAGGGCGUUCAAAGAUCUACCAGGAAGACAUUGUUGAUGUGUUAGACAAACAAUUGCUUGAGGGUAUGGGUGUACUUCUUACUGAAGAAGAGCAGCGAAAAUGCGAACAAAGUGUGUCUUCGGAAAAGAAGAAACUGCUAGCUGUUCAUGAAGCUGGUCACAUAGUGUUAGCUCAUCUGUUUCCUCAAUUUGAUUGGCAUGCAUUUUCUCAGCUUCUGCCUGGUGGAAAGGAAACUGCAAUAUCUGUGUUUUUUCCCCGAGAAGAUAUGGUAGACCAAGGUUAUACGACCUUUGGCUACAUGAUGAUGCAAAUGGUGGUAGCUCAUGGUGGGCGUUGUGCUGAGCGUGUUGUGUUUGGUGAUGACAUAACUGAUGGAGGAAGAGAUGAUUUGGAGAAGAUAACAAAGAUUGCUCGAGAGAUGGUAAUCAGCCCUCAAAAUUCAAGGUUGGGGCUUACAUCUUUAACCAAGAGAGUUGGACUUGUGGAUCGACCAGAUAGUCCAGAUGGCGAGUUGAUCAGAUACAGGUGGGAUGACCCCCAUGUGAUUCCGGCCAAUAUGACGCUUGAAGUGUCUGAGCUAUUUACUCGAGAAUUGACAAGGUACAUUGAAGAAACAGAAGAACUCGCAAUGAAUGGUUUGAGAAACAAUAGGCACAUAUUGGACAUGAUUAUAAAGGAACUAUUAGAAAAGUCGAGGAUUACUGGUUUGGAGGUUGAAGAGAAAAUUAAGGAUCUUUCUCCUGUGAUGUUUGAGGAUUUUGUGAAGCCGUUUCAGAUAGACUUGGAAAAGGAUGGUCCGCUGCCACACAACGAUCAGUUGCGGUAUAAACCACUGGACAUAUAUCCUGCACCACUGCAUAGAUGUUAAAAUAUUGCCGGGAUCAUCAGCUCAAUGCAGGUGCAUGGGAAUCUUGAAAACAAGAAGCAGCUGGGAUGUCCACGGUGUUUUCUUGAAUCAACCGUAGCUUGUGCUCAAGUCCAUUUCCAGCGGACAUGACUGGUCGCAUGUUGCAUAUCAAGAUGACAUUUUGCCUGAAAGCCGACUUUGUUGAAGCUCUUGAAACCUGUAAUCUACCGAGCCUUGGAUGUUGUUACCUAAUCCGACAACGAUAACCUGUCAUUGGCAAUCCUUGAGGAUCGCUAAGCAAGCUGUGGGCAGUCAGCAUGUAAAAGAAGGGUGUCGUGUUUCGAAAUGAGGAUCGGUUGCAGAUUACUGAAGAAAACAGAACUAGGCUCAGUUGGUGCUUCAUGUCAAUUUUGUAUUUGCUUGUUCUUUCUUUUCCUGCUCAAGUGUAUGAUCAAUUUUUGUAAGACUGCGAACUCAGAAUAGCAUAACCAAAAUUUAUUUUGUAAUGCUACGAGCCUAAAUUAUGUAUGAAAUAGUUCCUAAAUUUUCUCGUA